GUUGAUAUUCAAACCGUCGUUACUCUUCAAAAGUUUUUUUUUCGGUAAAUUAACCACACACUCUUAUAGGUUAACCCUGAGAAUAUUAGAAGAAUAGUGCGCAUGUGCGGAUUACAUUGAACGACGUCAGCGUAGCAUAUUUCGAGAAUAAAAAACAAAGUAUCAUCAGCCAGUAGAAUAAACGUGAUUGAAAAAAUGGCGCGUCGAUUGUUGAAUUUGAAUUCCCGGAACGUCGGAUUGGUUGAGAAGUUGGUAAUCGGCCGGUUCGAUCAUGUGAACCAUCUCGGCGAACAGAUUUCCCUCCAAAAUUUUCUUGUUCAAUUGUCACGAAACUUUCGUACCACUACGACCUGUUACGAGACCCAAAAUAAAAUGGCUGGUAUGAUUUAUCAAAACCUCUGGGAGAGCGAUCCGGAGCUUUUUGAGCUCAUGAAGAAAGAAAAGAGGCGACAGGAAUGCGGCCUUGAAAUGAUUGCCAGUGAAAAUUUCACAUCCCUGAGUGUACUUCAGUGCCUUAGCUCUUGCCUCCAUAAUAAAUAUAGCGAGGGACUCCCUGGUGAAAGAUACUACGGUGGAAACGAAUUCAUCGACGAAAUAGAAAGAAUGGCCCAAAAACGAGCUCUCGAAGCAUUCAAUUUGAACCCUGAAGAAUGGGGCUGCAACGUUCAACCUUAUUCCGGAAGCCCAGCUAAUUUUGCAGUUUACACAGGCCUCAUCGAACCUCAUGGCAGAAUUAUGGGACUCGACCUUCCGGACGGUGGACAUCUAACUCAUGGUUUCUUUACGGCUACAAAAAAAAUAUCAGCGACGUCGCUUUUCUUUGAGUCGAUGCCGUAUAAAGUGGAUGCGGUAACGGGUCUGAUAGACUACGACAAAUUGGCAAACCAGGCUAAACUGUUUAAGCCUAAAAUCAUAAUUGCUGGAAUCUCGUGUUACAGUAGAUGUUUGGAUUACAAGCGUUUCCGUGAGAUUGCAGACGAGAACGGUGCAUUUUUGUUCAGCGACAUGGCUCACGUGUCAGGUUUAGUGGCUGCGGGAAUAAUUCCGAGUCCAUUCGAGUACAGCGACGUGGUAUCGACAACAACACACAAAACGUUGCGAGGGCCUCGUGCAGGUGUAAUUUUUUUCCGGAAGGGAGUACGAAAAGUUGGAAAAAAUGGGGAGAAAAUAAUGUACGACAUCGAGUCAAGAAUAAACCAAGCCGUGUUCCCGGGUCUCCAGGGUGGACCACACAACCACGCGAUAGCAGGAAUCGCUACAGCGAUGAAACAAGCCAAAAGUCCAGAAUUCGUCGAAUAUCAAAAGCAGAUUGUCGCGAAUGCUCAACAAUUGUGCAAGGGCUUGCAGGAACGAGGUUACAAAAUUUCCACUGGUGGUACCGACGUUCAUUUGCUUCUCGUAGAUCUACGAAACACAGGAUUAACAGGCUCCAAGGCUGAGCGGAUACUCGAGGACAUAUCGAUCGCUUGUAACAAAAAUACUGUCCCCGGUGACAAAAGCGCUUUCAAUCCAAGCGGCAUAAGGCUUGGAACCCCGGCUUUAACGACACGUGGAUUACGAGAGAAAGACAUGGAUCGCGUGGUCGAUUUUAUCCAUCGUGGGCUACUAUUGUCAAAAGAAGCCACAGCGAAAUCAGGACCGAAACUCGUAGAUUUCAAAAAAGUUCUCGAUGGCGAUGAGGAAAUUCGGGGAAAGAUCGCUUCUCUUCGAGCCGAAGUCGAAGCUUUUUCGCAACAAUUCAAAUUACCUGGACUCGAGGAAUAUUGAAACCAUGAUAAUUCAUGACUCCUGAGAAAAACUAUCUAAAUUUUAUACGCAUAUACAAGACCAGCGCGUCAUGCGCAGACUGUUCAUCAUUCAUUUGUUGAUCCUCGCUCGUCAUUACGAAUUCGCGUUGUAGUGUAUCUACUAUAACUCUGAAUAAUCCAUUUUUACGUUGCUAUAAUCAGUUGUAUUUUGUACAUUUUUCAUUCCUCCCCCUUCCUCCACAAAAGAUUCCUACAGUUUUCAUUCACACCUUAAUUUUCUUAUUCUCCAUUCUCUUUCGUUACCUCAAUAUUCAUUGAUGGAUAAAUAAAUACAUUCAUUGUUUCCAUA